AUGUCUUUGCCUAUUGAUCAUGAAUUUGACUUUCAAGCAACCGUUUCACUAUCAAGUGUGCCGACAACUCCGGAGCAAAGCCUGAAUGGCAGCACGGAUGGACUCGACGUAGAGUCGAGUGGUACGAGAACCACUGUGGGGGAUGAUAGUGAUUCAGACACCCCAGUUGGCGCAAGGCCAAUCCGAAAUAUUUGCUUCGUUGGCGCAGGCUAUGUUGGAGGCCCAACUGCUGCUGUCAUUGCAUUCAGAAACCCACAUAUCCGAGUCACCGUUGCCGACAAAGACGAGCGACGCAUUCGAAGGUGGAACUCCCGACAUCUACCUAUUUACGAGCCCGGCCUUGCUGAAAUCGUUCGGAUUGCACGAGAUGGACUCUGCAAUUAUCUCACUCCACCUAUGUCAGCCAAACCAGAGGGAACUGCACACAUGUUUGAAGAGCAUAAAGCACACGAAGCGCACGAAAGACAACAAGAGGGAAGAAGUGCGUCCUCUCGGACACCAAACUUGUUUUUCUCCGCGAACGUUUCAAAAUGUAUCCGAGAGUCGGAUAUUGUCAUAAUUGCGGUUAACACUCCGACCAAAAUGCGAGGAUCAGGUGCAGGGAGUGCAACAGACAUGACAGCUUUUGAGGCUGUCGCUGCGGAUGUUGUGCAGCACGCAAGGAACGGAUCGAUUAUUGUGGAGAAGUCCACAGUCCCUUGCAAAACAGCCCAAAUGAUCCAGGAGAUGAUUGCUGUACGUCGGCCCGGUGGGCACUUCGAAAUUUUAUCCAACCCUGAGUUCCUCGCGGCGGGGACUGCAAUUCACGAUUUGUUACACCCGGACCGAGUUAUCAUAGGUUCUACAACGACAGAAGGAGGAAAAGCUGCAGCGGAGACACUAGCUGGAGUCUAUGCUGGCUGGGUUGAACGUGCCCGCAUCAUCACUACCAACAUAUGGUCAUCGGAGUUGGCGAAGCUCGUGGCCAAUUCCAUGUUAGCCCAACGACUUAGCAGCAUCAACAGUAUUUCGGCAAUCUGCGAGGCUACAGGGGCUGAGAUUAAUGAAGUCUCGGCGUCGAUUGGGAUGGACUCCCGAGUUGGUGACAAAUUUCUCCGCGCAGGCAUUGGGUUCGGGGGUAGCUGUUUCAAAAAGGAUGUCCUCAGUCUUGUAUACCUUGCUGAGUCCUUGGGCCUUAAAGAGGUCGGAACGUAUUGGCGCCAGGUGGUGAUCAUGAAUGAAUACCAGCGCAACCGAUUUACCAGUCGUGUCAUCAAGUGCCUGAACAAUACUCUGGUUGGCAAGAAGAUCACUCUACUGGGAUAUGCCUUCAAGAAGAACACAUCGGAUACCCGAGAAGCACCCGCCCUUGAGAUAAUCAAGACCUUGCUUGAUGAAAACCCCGGAGAAAUCGCAAUAUUUGACCCUUGCUGCAAUCCCUAUGUCAUCGAGAGCGAGAUCCGCCAGCUACACGGAUACGGACCUCCCGCUCUCAGAGAUGAUGGUGGCGCGGUGAAAGUCUACUCCGAUGUCUAUAAGGCAUGUGCUUCAUCUAACGCGAUACUCAUUGUCACUGAGUUUGAUGAGUUCCGGAAUACUGAAUCGGAUGCCGUUCCUCGUCCUUCAAACCUCCCACCAAGACAUCUACCCUUGAGCCAAGACAUGCACGGGUCCUCGCAGCAAGAAGCCAUUUCUGAGACAGGUGAUAUGAUUAAUCCACUAUAUGUCGCAUAUGCUCAAGAGAAACUUCAUAUUGAGCCUAAUUGUGCCGCAGAUUGCCCAGACUGCCAGAGAGAAAAUGGUAGCGAGCCUUCUGUGGGCAAACCCGGCGACAACCUACCCAAGAAGCAGGUUGACUGGGAGAGAAUUGCGGAUAACAUGGCAACACCAAAAUGGUUAUUCGAUGGGCGAUGCAUCAUCGAGAUCAAGAAGAUGAGCCAGUUGGGUAUUCGAGUCGAGAGCAUUGGCUCCGCUGGCGAUAGUUAUUAA